UUGCACUUGGACUUGGAGUUCUCCACAUAAAGAAAAGAAAAGAGGAAGUCUCUCCGGAAACGCCCAAAACACCAACACGCGACGCGAGCCCAGCAGCUGCCUGCCUCCUCCUCCUCCUCCUCCUCCUGCAAACGCGCACUGACACACAGCUCAUUGGCCCCUCCGCCCGCGACUCCGGCGCCGUCGGCACCGCCAUCUGCUACAAGAAAGACCACCCGCCUCUUCCCAUCUCCCGGAGCGGCCCGAGAUAGUUAAUGCGCCCGUGAGGCGGCGGCGGCGGACGGGCAUCCCGGCCGGCGGUGGCGCAGUAAAGGAGGCCCCUGCCUGUCUGUUGCCUGCGGAGGCGAGCCGCGCGGCUGUGCUGGUCUCCCUCUUCAGGCCAUGGGGGGCUCCAAAGGGGAGGACAAGCCCGCCGAAUGCGACGAAUGGAGCUACCAGUUUACAAACAAGGACACACUGAUUUUGAAGGCGCCAAAGAAGUCACCCCUCGCGCUGAGAAUGGUUGUUUUCUCCAUGACAAUGAUCUGUGGGGUGUUUAUUUGCUCAAUGUGUAUGCGGCAACUUGGAAGCGACAGCUGGUCAAGGAUAGUGAAGAUCCAAGUCGCGGAACAGCACUGCAAUAAGUCCUCGGUGCCUCCUUCUGAGGUUCACUUUGUGCAUUAUCCACAGCCACUGAAUUACAGCAGGAAAGAGUGCAUGUGUACUCCUGUACGGUACUUUGCAAUUAUCUCAUCGCAGCGAUCUGGAAGUGGCUGGUUUGAGACUCUUCUAAACAGUCACAUCAAUGUUAGCUCUAAUGGAGAGAUUUUCUCAAAUAAAGAGAGGAGGAAUAACAUUUCGUCUAUAACAAAGACAAUGGAUAAGGUUUAUAAUCUUGAUUGGAAUAGUAGCGCUUCCAAGGAUGAGUGUACUGCUGCUGUUGGCUUCAAAUGGAUGCUUAAUCAGGGUCUUAUGGCAAAUCACGCACAAAUAGUUGAUUACUUCAACCAAAGAGGAGUCUCUGCGAUAUUUCUGUUCAGAAGGAAUCUCCUCCGUCAGAUGGUAUCACAACUAGCAAACAAUCAUGACAGAUACCUUAAGCAGUUGAAUGGGAAACAUAAGGCCCAUGUUCACACAAAAGAUGAGGCGAAUAUACUUGCAAAAUAUAAGCCCAGGCUCAACACAACAACAUUGAUCGGGACACUGAAAAAGGCAAAUGACUACACUCGUAAUGCUCUUGAAAACCUAAAGAGCACCCGCCACAUCACAGUGUACUACGAGGAUCUUAUCCAAAACAGAACAAAGCUUGUUGAUGUCCUGGAUUUCCUUAAAGUACCGACGAGGAAACUAGUCAGCAGGCACGUGAAGAUACACACGAAACCACUUUCUGAUCAAAUUGAAAACUGGGAUGAAGUCUAUAAUGCUCUGAAUGGUACCCAAUUUGAGAGUUUCUUGGAUGCUGACUACAGAAUAUGACAUUGUUCUGUCUGCACAUUUCUGGUGUAGAUAUUGUCUUUUGCGUGUUACUUUUCCUUUCUUUCUUAAAUAGCUAGCUUUGACAUGCCUGGCAAAAGUUUUGACAUGAGGAAUGGCGGGGUUUCCACGGUGGCUCACUAGUUCUUUGAUAGGUAGCACUAAUUCCGUUAAAUUUUUUUUCCAUCUUUUCUGUGUAACUGACUCUGAAGCUUCAGUUUCUUGCAUCAUAGCCUUGCAUAAGAGAUCUUUACGAUUUCCA